UACUGGAGUGGGGUGCUAUUGCCCUCUCCAGCCAGUAUCCGUUAGACCCCAACAAUUCCGGUAAGGGAGGCCAAGCCCUUCUCCUCCCUUCUAGCCCUCGGGGGCCCCAGGCUGCACAUCCAAAGGGCGCCAUACUACUGGGGGUCUGAGCAAGGAUUCUGGAUGCCCAGAGCGGCGUUCCUGCCUAAAGGCGCCCAGGCUGCCACUGCUGCCGCAAUCGCCGCCGCAGCCCCCGGCACGCAACACAAACCGCAGGAUGCCUUCCUGGGACCAGAGGUCGGAAACCAGGUUAUCCCCUUCCGCCGGUAGUCGGAAGUGCCUGCGACUCGAAGCAGGAGGACUUCCGGUGGGUCUGCGGGGUAGCUGGGGAUCACCAUGGCGGCCUCCUUGGCCGGGAAGAAGAUCGUGUUUGUCACGGGGAACGCCAAAAAGCUGGAGGAGAAAGUGGUUUCUGGAGAAGUUAAAGCCUGAAGGUCUCUACCAGCUCCUGGAGGGGUUCCAAGACAAGUCUGCCUAUGCACUCUGCACGUUCGCAUUCAGCACUGGGGACCCGAAUGAGCCCAUACGCCUCUUCAGGGGCCGGACGAUGGGCCGGAUAGUGGUGCCCCGUGGCUGCCGGGACUUUGGCUGGGACCCCUGCUUUCAGCCCGAUGGAUAUGAGCAGACGUAUGCAGAGAUGCCCAAGGCUGAGAAGAACACCAUUUCCCAUCGCUUCCGGGCCCUGCUUCAAUUGCAAGAAUACUUUAGCAGCCUGACUCCUGGGGCCGGUAAUGACCACUCUGGCUGGGGAUCUGGAGAGGGGUAGCCUGAAACUACCUCUAUCAGGCAGGCACCUGUCCAAGUAUUUCCUUCAGGAUUACCACUUUCUGGUGGUGUUAACCAGCUGUCAGGAGCAGCUGGCUCUGUUUGGAGAGACUUUGGCCAAAGGACAACACCAUCCUCUUGCCCUUGUGGAUUCAGUGGCGUCUUACGGCCUCCAGGCCUGGAAUCCUGAAAGGACCUUGGGUGUUAACCCUUCAAAGGGUUAACGGAUUGGGGAAGAACCAUACAAACAGCCUUCAAUGUUUUUUAAAUGCAGCAAAUAAAAAUUCCAGAAGGUACUUGCUUCCAUAAUAAAUUGGGUAUAGCUGCUUUGAAACCUCCCCAGGCAGGCAUCUGUCUUCUGAGUCCCUUUAGGCAGAAGCAGGAAACCUCUCAGGGUCAGGAAAGAGGGCUGAGGGGUGGGAUGGCCAGAUGAGGGCAGAGCUGUGUUGAGGCUGUUUGUAUACCAUUGCUAGCUGGAAUAUUCUGUCUUCCCCUUGUGUCUUUCAAGUCUCAGAUCACGCGUUGAACUUUUCCAUGCAAAAUCCACUCCGCCACUCAGCUGGCCUCUGUUGUGUUUGCCAGCUGGGUUGUGGGGCAGGCAGUGUGGGGUGGUGUGUGCUUUUUCUUUAUGCUGGUGUACAUUAGAGCAGCUACAGUGCUGGUUUAUGAUU